GAGUUGGAGAGUGGAGGGGAAGUAUCUACAUACAAUGCGGCAUCUCCAGGUACCUACGGGUACCCGUGCCAGCUACCCAGGCCAGGUUACAGGUACCGGUACCGGUACCUAGCUGGAGGUCUGAAGUAACUAGUUCCAACUUCCAAAUCAGGCCUUGCUGACUCAUCACCCACGACGAUCACCUACUACCUAGUUAAUUACCUAAUUAACUAGCUGGUUGGGUGGGUAGUUGGAUCAUUACAGACUGACAAAAUCACUACAAUAUUACUCUUAAGCCUUAACCCUCGCCCGCAGUCGAGAGAAUCCACACUACUUCCUCUUAUCGACUCUCUAACCGGAUCGAACUUUGUAUCGAUCAAUACGCUUUUCAAGCCGAGUCCGACCCUUGAACCCUAUCUGACAGUAUACAUUCUAUCAAAAUCACACCCCUCCAUUCAAUGAGUGAGCGAUGGCGGGUCAAUUAGACAAGCAACAUAUCUUCGACAAAUAUGUCCUUCCAGAACUUGCCAAGUACGCAUACCCGGAUUCACGGUUUGGUCAUGAUUACCGCAGCUUUGUGCCGGACUUCCGCGAUUCUUCGUUAGCCAUUGACCAUGUGGUCAAGUUGCCGCAGUACCAAUCGGCGAAAACCAUCCUUAUAACCCCAGACAACAGUCUCGAAAAACUCCGUUUCCGUGCACUACAAGACGGAAAACAGAUCGUAGUAGCCACAUAUGGCCUACGCAGAGGCUUCGUAUUGCUGAAUCCUAGGAAAAUAACCGAAGACAAUUUCGAGGCCGCUAGCUGGCUGGACGGUAUGGAAAAGCCAGGAAUCGGGCGCCUUCUUAGUCUCGUCCAGAUCCAAGAGGAAGGAAUCCUGAUAGACCUGUUUAUCACAGGUGCUUCGGCUAUUGGAGACGAUGGCAUAAUAAUGCGCCAAAGCCCGCAUAAUGUCGAUAUCCAGUGGUUGAUCGCACGGGAACGCGGAUUCAUUAGUCCCAAGGCGCAGGCUGUCUGUGUCGUUCAUGCUUGUCAAGUGAUCCACAAGAAUGCUAUAAAGACCGACUUCGCUGCUGAGAGCAUCGUUCAGUAUGAUUUCAUCGUUACUCCGCAGAAGGUUCUAGACUUCCCGGAUGCUCCAAAGUUCGACAAAGAGGCUAGCGAAAAGAGAAUCGAUUCUCUAAACUCUGAUGCGCUUCAUGGGAUACCGCCGUUACAAGAGCUUGCGGGCAUCAGAGCAAUGGAAAAAAUCAUGCGGAAAUCAGGGUUCGGACUGAAGGAAGAAUCACAGGUGUCUUCCCCGUCCGCAGAAGAGCGAAUGGCCAUAGACAUGGUCGAACGGCUAAUGAGGGGUUAUAAGGCUUGAAGGUUGCACUGGAGACCGGUAGAAAGAUUCAUUUCACAAGCAAGGAAGGUUUCGACCUGCCACCUUGAACAAGGAAGCAAUCGUUUCGACCUCAUCAAGGCUAUCACUUGGCAUUGGCUAUGGAAUCUUUCAAGAGAGUCUUUUUUUUCCUACCAGCCUACGGUGGACGGGAGCACAGGAAAGUGCCAGACAAUGCAUCUCGCC